AUGUCAUCCUGCCCACUUGGAUCUGACACUGACACCAAAACUGACCGAUUAUCUGUCAGUGCCACUCCAAUCAGCGACGUGUUAAACUCUGAACUUUCGUCUGACUACGAGAUCUACCAUCUGGACCGUAAUCCUGCUACGUCUCAGCUCCUGCGGGGCGGUGGCGUGCUGAUAGGCGUUAAGAAGCACCUGCGAUGUAAGUUGGUUCCCUUGGUUAACGCAAACAGUUUGGAGCAAGUCGCAGUGUGCGUAUCAUUGCCAAUGCAGUCUGUAUAUAUAUGCUGUGUCUACAUUAGACCAAACUCAGACCCACUUGUGUACUCUGACCAUGCAUCCUGUGUGCAACAACUAUGCGAUAUCGCUAAAUCGACUGAUGCAGUCAUUGCAUUGGGUGACUACAACUUGCCUAUGCUCUCGUGGGAAUUUGACGCCGACAUGCAUUGUUAUAUCCCAAUUAACGCCUCGUCUGAACAAGAAAUAGUCCUGACUCAAUCCAUUCUAGCAUGUGGGUUACAACAGAUUCAGGAUAUUCGUAAUGCGAAUGACAGACUACUUGACCUGGCUUUCGUUAGCGACACUGACAAAAUUGAACUCUUCGAACCGCCCAGUGGAAUUUUAAAACUUGACGCUCAUCAUAGACCUUUUAUUGUUAAAAUUGACUACAUUCGGGCUACUGAAGACUUCGCGACAGUUCGCUAUUACUAUGACUAUGACUCCUGCGAUGAAGCUGCAGUUCAUACACGCCUUCAAUCCUUAGACUGGGCAACAGUUUUAGCAGAUUGUGAUGUUGACCACGCUGUUCUCCGGUUUUAUGAUGUGAUCUUCGAUAUCAUCCACGACUGUAUCCCUAUUAGACAAAGACUGCCGCGAGUGCAAUUCAGCCAACCUUGGUGGACCCCUGAGUUGCGAAAUCUUAGAAACAGAUUACGAAAAGUCAGAAAACGGUUUAUUAAGCUACGAUCAGAGGAAAACAAGCGUCUACUUCGCGACAUGGAAGAGUUCUACUCCAGCCGGUUAAACACAGUGUUCCAUGAGUACGUCUUGCGCAAUGAGGCGAACGCAAAACGGGAUCCAUCGACUUUUUGGACUUUUGUGAAGAAGCUUAGACGUAAUGGCGGUAUUCCGCACGACGUUUUCUUGAAAGAAGCUCGCACGGACUCCGCGGUAGCUGCUACUGAACUUUUUGCUAAGUUCUUCAAGAGUGUGUUCUCGAACAUUCAUCCUUCUCAUACGCCGGAUAAACAUCGGGAUUGGCUGACCGGCAUAGCGCAUUACAACAUCUACCUGCCACACUUGAUCGUGUCCAUCGAGGAUGUGAAACAAGCACUUUCGUCCGUAGAUUCCUCAAAAGGUCCUGGUCCAGACAGUCUGCCACCAUCGUUCAUUAAACAAUUUGCCACAUCCCUCGCUACACCCGUGUCAAUCAUCUUCAAUCGUUCACUAGAUUGUGCAUCAAUGGUACUAAUUCGGCUUGUUUCGAGGUGCCAUCCGGUGUGCCUCAAGGCAGUCAUCUAG